GUGGUGACUGUACUGUAGUUGCGCGCUUUCGGGUUUCCGAUUCUUGCGACGAGUCUCGAUCGAGACUUGUGCUGUUCACUUCACUGUGCUGCCAUAUCCAUCCACUUCCUUCCUUUGGGAGCUUUUCGGACACGAGCACCGAAGCACGGACUUUAUUCGAUGGCGUGAUCGGUCUUUCCGACAGAGGAUUCUUCCUCGUUUAGUAGGGAAAUGCUUCACACUGUUGUUGGAAUUAGGAUAAUUUGAAGCGAGCGUCAUUGACGCGACACAUUAUGUUUUUUCGAAUUAGCCGAAGUUUCUUGGGUCGCGCUAGUCAUUCAUUUGUUCGGACUUUGGAACUUUCCAUCGUGAAGUAAUGCACUUUCUUUCGACUCCUGUCGAACCUCUCGUGAAUCGCCUCUAUCGAAUCGUGCAAUUAUAGUUUUGUAUUAUGGUUUCGGGUUGAGCAAAGGAAGAAAGCUUGAAUUCAAACUUCGGUAGGAGGAUAUGGUGCUUUGAAGAUCAAGACAGGUCUCCAUGAUUAUGUCCCAGCAAUAUGAUCGUCUACACAUCGUUGGGUGAACAGCAGAGUGAAUGAAUCCUGCUUCGUUGUACAUUUGUUCAGAUUUUGAAGUCAAACAGUGAUCGCUGGAAUCAUGGAUUCUAUCAUGAGAAGACAUGAUGUCACCUUGGCUCUGUUGUGUCUGGUUCUGUCUUGCAUUUUUGUUUCUGGCAAAUGCGAGGGUAAAUUUGGACUUUCCUCGCUAGCAAUUUCAAAGACGGAUCCAGUAAUUCAAGAGACUGCCGCCAAAGGCGUGUUGAGACGGCUUCUUCCACGACAUGAAUCCAGCUUUGAGCUGCGUAUAGUCUCGGAGGAAAAUUGUGGAGGAAAAUCCUGCUUUUACAUUGACAACCAUCCUUCAAAAAAUCAAGCUGAGGGUCCGGAAAUCAGAAUAUCCGGAACAUCUGGUGUAGAGCUGUGUGCUGGUCUUUACUGGUACUUAAAGCGAUGGUGUGGUGCGCAUAUAUCUUGGGACAAAACUGGUGGUAAACAGCUGAAAACCGUCCCUGCGCCGGGUUUGUUGCCAGCUGUGGAACCCGGUGGCGUUCAUGUCCAAAGGCCUGUACCUUGGAGCUACUACCAAAAUGUUGUCACAUCAAGCUACUCUUUCGUGUGGUGGACCUGGGAAAGAUGGGAACAAGAAAUUGACUGGAUGGCUUUACAAGGAAUCAAUCUGCCUCUUGCCUUUACUGGUCAGGAGUCAAUCUGGCAGAAAGUUUUCAAGAGUAAUCGCUUCAAUCUUAGUCAAGCUGAUCUGAAUGAUUACUUUGGCGGACCAGCUUUCCUUGCUUGGGCGCGAAUGGGGAAUUUGCAUGGUUGGGGCGGUCCAUUGCCUCAGACUUGGUUGGACCAGCAGCAUCAAUUACAGUUGAAAGUACUUGACCGAAUGAGAAGUCUUGGCAUGAUUCCAGUGCUUUCAGCUUUCUCUGGAAAUGUACCUUCGGCUUUGCAACGAAUUUUUCCGUCUGCAAAAAUUACACGGCUUGGAAACUGGAAUACAGUAGAUGGUGACGAACGAUGGUGUUGCACGUAUUUAUUAGAUCCCACUGAUCCACUCUUUGUGGAGUUAGGGAAGGCAUUUGUGGAGCAACAGAUCAAAGAGUACAAUGGGACUCAUCAUAUUUACAACUGUGAUACUUUCAACGAGAAUCUACCACCAACUAAUGAUCCUGGCUACAUAUCAACCUUGGGAGCGGCAGUGUAUAAAGCCAUGAGUGCGGGUGACAAUCACGCUAUCUGGCUUAUGCAGGGUUGGCUAUUUGCCACUGAUGACUGGUUCUGGAAGCCUCCUCAAAUGAAGGCGUUAUUACAUUCUGUCCCAGUGGGACAAAUGAUCGUACUAGAUCUUUUUGCAGACGUGAAACCUGUUUGGCAACGUUCAGAUCACUUCUAUGGCAUCCCUUACAUAUGGUGCAUGUUGCACAAUUUUGGAGGAAAUUUGGAAAUGUAUGGAAGGGUUGACACAAUAGGAUCAGCCCCUAUUGAAGCACUCAGGAGUCCAAACUCUACCAUGGUUGGAGUGGGUAUGUGUAUGGAAGGGAUUGAACAUAAUCCAGUAGUGUAUGAGCUCAUGGGGGAAAUGUCAUUUCGCAGCGAGGCUGUACAGCUGGAGGAUUGGAUUUCUGAUUAUAGUUCAAGAAGGUAUGGAACAGCUUCUGGAGGAGCUCAAGCAGCAUGGAAAGUACUACAUCAUACCAUUUACAACUGUCAAGAUGGAGUCGCUGACCAUAAUGGAGACGUGAUCGUGGAGUUUCCUGAUAAAAAUCCAGAUUUGAUGUAUGUUACUGGAAAUAGAGAUUCCCUUAAGCUGAGAGGAUCGUUUAGUUUGAGUGGGAUUCGUAAGCCAAGAGGAGGGGGGAAACUUGGGCAUAAUCCUCACUUAUGGUAUUCACAAGCAGAUGCUGUCAGAGCUCUUGGUUUAUUACUUUCAUCUGCAGACGAGCUUGGAGAAGGGCUUCCCUACAGAUAUGACUUAGUUGAUUUGACCCGGCAAGUUCUUUCGAAGAGGGCGAAUGAGCUGUAUACAAACAUACUAGCAGCGUAUGGAAGCAGGAAGGUUGAAAAUGUACAAAGAUUUGGAAACAGUUUGUUGGAGCUAUUUUCGGACAUUGACAAGUUAUUGGCAUCCUGUGAGGGAUUUCUGCUCGGGCCAUGGCUAGAAAGUGCCAAAAAUCUAUCAACAAAUCCGGAGGAGAAAAUACUAUAUGAAUGGAAUGCUCGGACUCAAAUUACCAUGUGGUUUGAUAACACAGACGAAAAGCCGAGUUCUCUACAUGAUUAUGCGAACAAAAUGUGGAGCGGACUUAUCCAGGACUACUAUCUUCCUCGGGCAGCUCUGUACAUCAGUUUUUUGGAUCAUUCGCUACGUGAGAACGCAACCUUUCCGUUUGAUAUGUGGAGGAAACAGUGGAUUCAGUUGACAAAUAAGUGGCAAACGUCCCAUCAUUCUUACCCUUCGAAGACUGUAGGGGACAGCCUUCAAAUUGUCAAAAAACUGUAUAUCAAGUACAACGUUCCUUCCAAGCUUUUGGUUAGUUCUUUAUAAUUGUACAAUUGACACAAAGUCUUUUUGGUUUUGGUAUCUGUACCUGCUCAGGCCGGAAAGCCAGACAAAUUGUGGAUCUUCUGAACUAUCAAUGAUUGAGAAGCAUCAGUUUUCUUGAAUUAAGCUCGUACAGAUGGUACAG